UUUUCCCUUUUCCCAGCUCAGCUUUGGAUUCUCUCUUCUCUCCCCAGCUCCUGGUUCUCCACUCCCGGUGUAAGAAAUCAGUCCAGGCCCCCAGCUGUGUUACAUGCUUCGGGUGCGAGCUGUGGUGAUGACCCGAGACGACUCGAGCGGGGGAUGGGUGCCCAUGGGCGGGGGCGGCCUGAGCCACGUCAUGAUCGGCAAAGUCCGGCGCCCAGAGGAGGGCGGGCGGCGGCGCCAAUACCUGAUCUGCGGGGAACGCCUACGCGACCAGACCACCAUCCUGGAGUGCGUGCUGAAGAAGGACCUCGUCUACAACAAGGUGAACCCCAUCUUCCACCACUGGAAAGUCGGCGACAGCAAGUUCGGCCUGACCUUCCAGAGCCCCGCCGAUGCCGCAGCCUUCGAGCGGAGUGUGCAGGCCGCCCUGGAGGAGCUCGCCGAAGGUUCUCUCUCCUCCUCCUCCUCCUCCUCCUCGUCUCAGGAUGACGCCGACGGGACGGAUGACGCAGGGUUGAUGCACACGGACAGCGAAUCCUCCUCGAACAGCCGGAAGGAAAUGCUCCCCAAACACAUCACCAUUGUGACUAGCGAGUCCUCCUCCAGCUGCUACAUCCGCUCGCCCGCCUCCGAGGAGUUUGCCUUCAGCACGGCCCAGGGGUCGACGCCAACCAACCAGGGAGGGCAGGUGCAGACCCAGCCCCUGCAGCACGUGACCCUGCACGACGAGGAGGAGCUGGAGAGCAUCAACCCGUGCAAGGACCUGUGGGUGAGCAAGGGAUAUGAGGACUACAGGCGGGCGGCGGUGCACAAGCGGGAAGCCAACCCCGACAAGGUCGGCAUGUGCGUGCACUUCGAGAAGGGCAGCAAGGAGCGCCACUUCCCGGCAGCGGGGGGAGGCGGCGGAGGCGGCGAGGGCCACCUCAGAGACCCCAAGGGUUCCCCGUCCUGCCGGAUCCACGCCGCCCCUUCGCCGCCCAAGCAGAAGCACGCCAAGGAGCCGGGGGCCAGCGGCGGGGCAGGCUCGGAGGAAGACGCCGUGCCCUCCCGCUGCGUCUAUUGCCGGGACGUCUUUAACCACGAGGAGAACGGGCGGGGCCAGUGCCAGGACGCGCCGGACCCCAUCGGGCGCUGCGUCUACCAGCUCACCUGCAUGUGGUGUGCCGAGAGCAUGCUCUACCACUGCAUGUCGGACUCGGAGGGCGAGUACUCGGACCCUUGCUCCUGCGACCUGGGACACCCGCACUUCUGCGUCCGCUGGAUGGCGCUGGUGGCUCUCUCCCUCGUCGUGCCUUGCAUGUGCUGCUACCUGCCGCUCCGCGCCUGCCACUGGUGCGGGGAGCACUGCGGCUGCUGUGGUGGGAAACACAAGGCCGUGCGGUGAAGCCGGCCGGCGUGCGGCGCUCUUCUUGGCUUGGCUGGGGGGGAAGAGAGGCGAGGAGAUGGAGGCAGAGUCUUAAGCGGCGGCAGGGGGGCUGAUUUCCCCCUUCUCUUGCACGCCCCAGCCCCCGUGUCCCGUGUUUGGAGGGGGAGGAGCUAGGCGGUUUUAUUCCGAGUGUCGGGCGUGGCUGGUGAGUUUCAUUAUUUUUUUUUUCCUUUAAAAUUUCAACAUUUUGGGUCCUUUUUUAUAAAAAAAAAAAAAUAAUAAAGAAAUGAAAAAGAAAUGAAAGAAAAAGAAAACAAAUAAAAUGAACGAACGACAGUCUCAGGAGAGAUAGGUAGAUGGUCAUGGAGGGGGCAGUUUUGCCCUCUCCCUUCCUCCUAGCUAAGGGGGGGGGGGCCACAAAGAAAAUUUAACCCCUC